GCUCAGAAGUCUCCCGUCAAUUAGAGUGUAAAAACGUUACGCUCCCCGAAAAACAAACGGAAUCGGUCGAACGCCAGAAAUCAUCCGGAUCCGCCGUCAUCAGACAUCCGCUCGCAGGAUACAACCAAAAUAAUACAUAUACACACAGCCGUACAACAAAUGCGAUAAAGUAAUACUACCAGGCGACUGGCCAAAACGUGCAAAUCCCCCGUAUUUGUAGAUUUUCGAGUGCUCCGGAUUGAAAAUUCGCAAGUGCAAUGUGAAAGUCAGCUUAUACGACAGCUGAAUGUGUCAGUGUGUGUGAGCUACCCCUCCCCUCCCCCCAGAGGAAGUGAGAGUGUGUGUGGGUGUGCAGGAGUGUGUAAAUGUAAAUACCACGAAAAUCGCUGAACGCCGAAAAAUAAAGCACAAGGAGGAGAAAUCAGAAAUCAGCGAGGACGAAGCAGAGCAACGGUACUUGGCCAGAGGCAGACCAAGAAGAAGAGGAAGAAGGACAAGAGCAGGAGCAACAGCAACAGCAAGCGUGCUAGUAGCAGGAACAGGAGCAACAGUCGCGGAGGCAACGUUGAGACGCAUGCACGCUCCAUGCUCGCCGCUGGCUGAUGGCCAAAGGACUUGGAAUAGGAACCGCAAUCGGAACUGGGACUCCAGCGAAAGAAGCAGCAGCAGCAGCAGCAGCAGUAGCAGCAGUCCAACUCAACUGAAUUGAAGAGGAACCGAAUCGCCGCAUCAAGCAUACGCCCCAUUGCGCACACCUGUCGACAGAGUGCAGCAUGUCAACUUCAAAGCAUCAUCAUUACCAUGGAGUCCUCCUCUCCAUGUGGCUCCUCCUCCUGCUAUCGUCAUCCUCGACAUCAUCAUCAUUGGUCAGCGCCGCAGUGAGUGCGAUUGCGGAGCCGGAGGAGGCGGCAUUCCAAGGCCACUGUGGACACACCAGCCCCUGCGAACAGCUAUGCUACGAGAUCCACGAUGGAAUGUACGAGUGCGACUGCAUCGAGGGCUAUGAGCUGAACAAGAACGGUUACAGCUGUCAAGUAAUUAACGCCACUGCCAACGGUUUGGAUGGGCGUGGCAAGUCGGACGAGGAUGUGCUCUACCAGAAGGGCGCCUCGUUCAGCGCCAAGUUGGCCAACGACGACGGUGUUGGCAAGUCGAUGGCCCAGUCGCCGUUCGCCGGGCCCACAUCGCAAUCCGCCUCGCCGGCGGGCAACGGCAAUGGAGAAGAUGAGUCCGGGUCGGAGAGCGACAGCUACGAUUACGGCGAGCUGGAGGACAACAAUUCGGAGACACAGGAGCAACAGCAGCAAUCGCUGAAUCUUCAGCAACAGCAACAGCAGCGGCAGCAGCAGCAGCAACAGAAAGUCAAUUCAAACGAUUACUACAUAUCAGCGGAGAGCAUCAACUUCAAUUCGGAGUCGGAGGGCCAGGAGGUGGAUGUGGCCGACUUCAAGGCGGCCAGCACCACUCCCUCCGUUUCAGCCCCGCCCCCGACUCCCAGCAGAAGCACCACAAGCACCACAAGGGCCACAACCACCACCACGACCACCAGGAGAUCCCCCACGGCCACCGAAGCCUCGAGGGGAGCCCAGAACCAAGUGGAUGUGGAUUAUGGCAGCGACGACUAUAGCUACAGCUACAAGUCGGACAUGUCCGUCUACGACGAUGUCAACAAUAAUCAAUUAAACUUAAGACGCAACAGCAACAGCAAAUCGCAAACAUAUCAGCAGACAAGCAAUACGAACACGGCCAAGAGCAGGAGGAAGAACCCCAGCAUAACCAGCAAUAAGGUCCAAAUGCAUAUCACCAGAGAGUCCACCAAUCUGGGCAACAUAUCAGGAGUGGGAGCAGCCAUGGCAACAGACAGCUCGCCCACUUGCAAUCUCGACUGUGGCUCCGAUGGAAUCUGUGCCUUGGAGGCCACUGCCGCCAGCUCUCGCUGUCUUUGUCCAUUUGGUAAAUCGGGUGCAGGUUGCCAGGAAGAUAUCCGAGCCCAUGUACCGCGUUUUGCCAAGCGAUCUUGGCUAGCAUUUCCAGCCCUGCAUGGCGCCUACAAACACGUUCAGCUGCGCAUCGAAUUCCGUCCAGAGUCUUUUGACGGCAUUAUCCUAUUAAGCGGAGAACGCGACGAUCUUACGGGCGACUUUAUGGCUCUUUUAUUGAACAAGGGUUUCGUGGAGUUCUGGUUCGACUGCGGCUCCGGCGUGGGCAGCGUUCGAUCCAGGGAGACCAUCCUGCUAAACGAAUGGAACUCGGUAAUCAUCUACCGUCAUCGAUGGGAUGCCUGGCUAGUGCUUAACCACGGAACCAAGGUCCAGGGCAGAUCGAAUGGCUUGUUCUCACGCAUCACCUUUCGGGAACCCGUAUUUUUGGGUGGAAUAGGCAACAUUACUGGAUUGGCCAAACGACUGCCUCUAGCCGAGGGUUUUGCCGGCUGCAUUCGUCGUUUUGUGGCCAACGAACAUGACUACAAGUUUACAGAGCACCCGUUGGGCGAUGUCAUAAAUGGCUUUGAUAUACAGGACUGUUCCACCGACAAGUGCGUGAGAUAUCCUUGCCAGCAUGGUGGCAAGUGCCUACCCUCGGAUCAGGGUGCCAUCUGCCUGUGUCCCAUUGGUUUUGUUGGAGAUCUGUGCGAGAUUCGAAUGGACCUACAGGUUCCCGCCUUCAAUGGCUCUUCGUUCUUGCGCUAUGCUCCCCUGGGCGAUAGUGCCCUUAUUUGGUUGGAGCUUAAGGUGACUUUGAAACCCGAACAGGCAGAUGGUUUAGUCCUCUACUCAGGUCCGGAACACCGGGGAGAUUUUAUAGCCCUUUACCUGAACGAUGGCUUUGUGGAGUUUGCCUUCGAUCUCGGCAGUGGCCCAGCUCUAGUACGGAGUGAACAUUCCGUGAGUCUGGGUCAAUGGCACACCAUCAAGAUCUCUCGAACAGCUCGACUGGCGGUGCUCAAGGUGGAUCAGCACCAGGAGGUCAUGACCAUCUCGUCCAAUGGCUUCUGGCACUUGUCGCUGGACCAGAAUCUCUUUGUGGGCGGCGUUAACCACAUGGAUCGCCUGCCUCUGGACCUCAAGUACAAACCCUUCUUUGUGGGCUGCAUCCAGAGGAUUGACAUCAAUGGGCACUCGCUGGGCAUUGUGGCGGAAGCUUUGGGGGGCAGCAACAUCGGCAACUGCCCCCACGCCUGUGUGGCACGACCCUGCGGCCCUCUGGCGGAGUGUGUGCCGCAGAUGGAGAGCUACGAGUGCCGCUGCAGCAUACACAACGAGCGAUGCAACAAGGCCGCCGAGGUCCCGCUGGAGCAGCUUCCCGAGCUGAACAUCCACAAGUCGAAGGUCCUCGAGACGAAGGACAAUGGCGAGGAGGCAGUGAAGAAGGUGUCUGCCUGGGCGCACAAGAAGCAUGCGAAGAAGCACAGGAAUUUGCAUAAGCCAACCCCUGCUACGAGCACAAGUACUUCGACCACCACAACCACCGAAGCCCCUGAGCGAUUGGAGGCAGCCACUGCGGGGGCUCUAAGCAACGAGGAAAUCGAAGAUGAUAUCAUAUUCCGCUUUGUGCAGCAGCAACAGCAGCAGCAGGAGGAGAUCAAGAAGCAGCAGAUGUCUUCUACUGCCCCACCUGCCACCACCACUAGCAAACCCAAGCCCAAGCCCAGGUUGGCCGGGAAACACCAUGCCAGCAAACAUGAGCACCACCAGAAACCAAACGCAGCCUUCACGCGCAAGCUUAGUCGCCUGCCCACCCACUACGAGAGUUUCCAGACGAACCCCGACAGCGACAUCCUCACCUUCGAGGACAACAACGACUGGGUGGCCAGUCUGCAGCAGCAGGAGUACGGCGAUGCCAUGGCGGCCAGUCAGGCGCCAUUUGCAGGGGAGGAAUUAAACGGAAACCCUCCUCCAAUCACCAAGUCGAAUGACAAGAACGAAGGUGAUGAUGAGGACGACGCCUUUGUGUUUGACGAGUCGCUGUUUGACGCCUCCGACGGCACGGAGGAGUACCAGCGCAAGCAGCUGGCCCAGGACAUGAAGCGCAUUCUGUCCAACUCGAAUACGCACUCCAGUCACAAGAAGGCGGAGGUCCAGUUCCCAUCAGAUGGGAAGCUCAGUCCAGAUGGAGUCUCCCCCAACGAAGAUACCUCUCAGUACAGCGACGACUACAACGAAGAUGAGCUCCUCACGCCCGUAAUGCAGGCCGGGGAGGAGGAGGUGAAGCCGGAUCAGCACGCAUCCAGUACUCCACAGACCCACACCGACUGGAGUCUUCUGAAGAAGUUCGACCUGUCCGCUGAGCACCAGUCGCAAGUUCAAGGGGUGCGCAAGAAUUUCGGAGCUUGCUUCGCCGGCAGCGAUAGCUAUUUCCACUACAACGACGCGGACACCAUGAGCCAGGUGAUCAGCUACAGCAUCGACCUCAAUCUGCGCAUCAAGACGCACUCGGAGAAUGGCGUGAUCCUGUGGACAGGACGCCAGGCAACGACGGAUGAGCAUGCCGACUACCUUUCGCUUGGCAUCGAACAGGGAUACUUACACUUCCGCUAUGACUUAGGAUCUGGUGAGGUGGACAUCCGCUUCAAUGGCACCAAGGUCAGCGAUGGCUUGUGGCAUCGUGUGAGAGCAAUAAGGAACUCCCAAGAGGGAUAUCUUGAGGUGGAUGGCAGAAAGACAGCCACUCUGAGGGCGCCGGGCAAACUUCGCCAGCUCAACACGGACACGGGUCUGUAUGUGGGUGGCAUGCCCGACGUGGGGUACUUCACGCACCAACGCUACUCCAGCGGCAUCGUCGGCUGCAUCUCGGAGAUCGUGCUGGCCGGCGAAAUGAAACUGAACUUCGACCCCAAUACGCUGGGAACGGAGCACAACGUGGAGACGGGCCUCCUAUGAAACGCUGCACGCACGCCUCAAGACUUUUGAUAUCGACUAGUUUAAAUGUUAUGUUAACCACACAAAUGUCCUUUCGUCGGUUUGUGUUUGUACAAAUACGCUUUUAAAACCAAAAAACAGAGAGAGAGAGAAACGCAAAGUUAGGGUGAGGAACAUUUUUUUACACCAGGAGACGCAGCAGAGUCGAACUAAAUCUAGAAGGGAAACAUACUACAUAUUAUAUACAAGCAUAUUGAGUAUAUACAAAGGCAUACAUAGAUAUAUAUAUAUAUAUAUUUAAAGCAGAGGAAACCAAAUCGAAAAACCAAGGCACGCUUCGUAUAGAGCCUGUGACUGUCAAUACUUCAGAUCGGAAUAGUUUAUAUAUAACUUUAGCAAAGGAUUUAUAUCGAUGAAGUGUAAGUCAUAUAGAAUAUGAAACAAGAGCGGAAAAUCUGAGUAACCAAGCUGUCCAUUUGGCGCGAUUUGCGAUUGGCGAUAAACGAAAUUGACGAUUUACGAUUAACGAUCUACAAAUCUCGAUAGCGAUACUUUAGUGUGUGGUCGCUUUUUUUGAACGAACCGUUACGCUUUAAUAUGCAGAGCUGCCAUCUUUUUGUACCACACACACACAAAAUUAUACACACCACACUAACACGGUUACAAAUGCAAAUUGGCAAUUCUUUCGUUUUUCGCAUUGCUGUACCUUAAACUAUGAACUGUAAACUGUAUAACUGUACAUUCUGUACUAUUUGGCGCUUCUUGGAAGAUCCAGUCCAAAAUCGAACGAAUCAAAGACCCGGAAGAUGGUUAGAUGGUAGAUGAUUUGAGAUCAGAUAAGGUAUGAGAUGAGGAAACAAACAUAUUAAGUGGUAAGUUAAUAAAUGUGUAGCCUGUACUAGCUCGUAAGUCGGCACACUCACACACACACACACACACACGUUCACACGACAACAAACACACGCCUGCCUAUAUUAACUUUUAUAUCAAAAUCGUAAGAUACUAAAGACACCAAAGAAACUUAAGACAUACGUAAGGACACCAAAAUAUUACACUUAAACACUCGAACACACGCUGAACCAGAAUUGAAACUUGUGAGCGAUUUUUAACAAUUUAUACUACGAUACAACAAUACACACAACAGAAACAACAACAACAAACAACUAGCUAAUGGAAAAAACAAAAAAAAAAAAACAAAAGCAAAGCAAUUUAACAAUCCCAUAGCGAAAUUUUUAAAUGCGAGACAAACAACUAAUCCGAAUAGCCUGUUGAAAGAAUUGUAAAAGAGCGAACAAAGUAAGGUAAAAUGGUAAAUAGAAUUAACUAAGGAGGGAAACACGUUUGUAUUCGUCUUAUGAGUAUAAUUUUGUAGCUUAAUGAGAUAACAACCACGUAUGUAGUUAUAUAUACAUCAUAAACACAUAUGCGUAACUAUAUAUGACUAUGAGAAAAACUAUAGAAAAAAUGGCGUAAAAUGAAUAAAGAAAUCACAACCACCAAUCAAUGUAAAACUAAAUUAAACGACAUUCAAUGUAGCUUAUUUAUAUGACAAAUGGAAGUCGAGGCAUUGAGAUAUUUAAUUUCGUACAUUGGUUUGCAGAAAAUAAAGAUAAAAUAAUUCUAA